CGAGAUGACAAAAGGAAAAGAAUAUUCGCGUUUUUGUGGGUUGUAGGUGGUUACCAUUAUCCUGUCAGGAAGCUCACUCGGAGGAUUAAAGUUCCAACUAUUUUCUGUCCAGUUUGAUUUUUUUAAAGAAUUUGCACGUCUAGUCACUCCGUCGAAAUCAUUUUGGUAAUGGCGACUGUCGUUAGAAUUGUGCUGUCGGUCCUAUUCAUUAUACAACAUGCCUCCGCCCACACGGCUAAUGCCACAAAAGUUUCAUCCACAACUCUAAUUCCCCCCGGUAAAAAUUCCUUCGAAUCGAAAGUUACGAAGAAUGAAGAAAAGGUGCCCUCUUCUGCCAAUCCGUCUCCUCCCCCCAAGUUCCCACAAAAUAUUGGAGAUUGGAGCAUCAAAGAGAAUGGAGUUGUAUGCAUUGAGAUCAUCGGGGCCAUACAGAUUAUUUACAAUCACAGUAUUGCUGGGGCAAAUCAAACAGAAAUAACCACUUUAGACGUUCCAACAGCAAGCAAAGAAUCAGGGAAUUGUGGUAACGCCACACAGAUGCUGAGCCUAGCUUGGGAAUCUCAAAAUCAAACAAACUGCACCAUCAGGUUCCAAUUCGAAAUAAAGGACAAGAAAAUUUCCCUUACCCAAGGCAAAGUGUCGAUUUCAACUGGAAAUACUACGCAAAACUUCAACAUUGGAAAGGUCAAUGAUUUUGACACCCCAAUGACUUACUCAUUCCAGUGCAAAACCACCCUUACAGUACCGAUGGAUAACAAUGCAACCCUGAAAUUUGCAAAUCUCAAAAUGCAAGCAUUUCGACCGGAUAACUCGGUGGCUUUCGAAAAACAAAUUACUUGUUCUGAAGAUAACGUCGGAACUGGAUUGGGUGUCACGGCUAAAGUAUUUCUUGGUAUUUUUAUUGUCAUUCUUAUUGUUACCCUGGCUGGAGGAAUAUUUUGGUACUUUCGCCGUUUCCAGAAUCCUACAGCGGCGUAUAAUAACAUGUAAAAAAAAUUUAGGUUUUGGCCAUGUUUUGUAUCGCACGUUUUUUUAAUUCGUAAAAUUGUUCGCACACUGUUCCAUAUUAAGACUAGCCUAUGCAUAUGUUUCAAAUGUUGUAAUGCAUAAAUUAAUGUAUUGUUAAGAAUAUCCAACUACAUAUAUUAUAAAAUUGUGCAUAUUUACCAGUAUUGUUAAUAUACAUAUGCAGACAAAUUAAUUUCGCGAAGUGAAACAUUCAAUGUUCAACAUAUUUUUAUGCCCAAAAUCUUGGCGUAUUUUGAAUCAUUUAAAGAAAACAAGGAAUUUGGUUUAACAACGGUUUCCAUUUGAUUCUAGCAAAUUAAACUGUUAUCCUCGGAUCCGCAUACAUAAAUACAUUGUACAUACAUAUGUACAAAAUAAACUUUACCCCUUGAUAAAUAAGUUUGCCUUUCUCGAUAAAUAAUUAAGUUGUUUAAUAUAAUCAUCCCUGAGGUCAACAUCGCAGUGAAUUUAAUACGUUAGUCAAAACAUACUUAGAAAAUCUGUGUAUAAAUAUGUACCUAUAUUGCAAAAACCUACAUACACUCGUAUACUUUCUAUUAAAGCACAAAUGCACUAAUGGGGUAGGCGCAAUUUUUGCAAAUUACAAACGUGGUUAUCGGAGCAAAAACUAUUCUGGCCUUCUCACAUUUGGUGAUGGAACAAUCAAACCCAGCUUAAUUGAAGUUGAGCCAAUUUCUUAAUUAAUCAUUAUUGUACAAAUCCUUCAAAUUAUGUAGCUAGUUAAAAAUACUGUGGUUUUCACUCAGGUUGUAGACUCUGUAGACAUGACGCAUGGGAAAAAAAUUUGAAAAAUAUAAAAUGACAAAAAACUAUACCACAUCUAA